AUGGCCCAGCCAGUGACAGAUACUAUCCUACCUAUCCCCCAAGUCGACCAACCUACAGGUCACCCAAGGGAACAUAAACCAAAACUGUAUAUUCUAGAUUACGGAGCUGGAAAUGUUAGAUCCUUAGCAAACUCGAUCAAAAAAUUGGGAUAUGAAUUUGAAUGGAUUGAAGAUGAUAGUGAUUUUGAUAAAGCCGAGAAACUCAUCUUCCCAGGUGUCGGUGCCUUCUCCCAAGCGAUGGAAUCCCUCCGUUCCUCCGGGAGAUUCGACAGUCUAUUGAAAUACAUCAAAAGUGGUAAACCCUAUUUCGGAAUCUGUAUAGGGAUGCAAGUCCUAUUCGAAUCUUCAGAAGAGACCUUACCGGAACCCAUAAAAGGUUUAGGAGUGAUCAAUCAUCCUAUUAGGAAAUUUUCAAGUCAAGAUGAAAGUCUACCAAAAGGAAAGAAGACAGUACCUCACAUGGGAUGGAAUAAUACUUGGAAAGCCUGGUCUACUACCUCGUCAGCAUCAGAUGAUACACCGAAAGUAAUGUUAGAUGGUGAAGAUUAUUAUUUCGUUCACUCCUAUGCUGCUCUCCUUGAUCCUUCGACCUCAACCUCCGAAUCGAACAGUCCGAUAAAAGAUUUCGCUUAUACUCUAUCAAGAUACGGUUCAGAAGUAUACGUCUCAUCCGUCAAGAAAGAUAACGUGUUCGCUACUCAAUUCCAUCCCGAAAAAUCUGGUCCAGCCGGAUUAGACCUCUUACGAAGAUGGUUGGAAGCUUCCCCUCAAUCUUUGUCCGCCCCUUCUUCCACAUUCGCAUCCACCUCAUCCCCAAGGACAUGGCAACCUACCAACCCCAAUCCCAGUACUCAACGAAAAGGAGGAAACGGUCUGACCAAGAGGAUAGUAGCAUGUUUGGAUGUCCGAUCCAAUGAUCAGGGUGAUUUGGUAGUCACCAAAGGAGAUCAAUAUGACGUUCGUGAAAAGUCCUCAGAAGAUGGUGAUAACAAAGUUCGAAAUUUGGGUAAACCCGUUGAACUUUCUCAACGAUAUUAUUUGGAAGGUGCAGACGAAAUUGCUUUCCUCAACAUUACUUCUUUCCGAUCGAGUGCAUUGCUGGAUCAACCGAUGUUGGAUGUCGUUCGUAAUGCCGCGGAGACAGUAUUUGUUCCGUUGACAAUUGGAGGUGGAAUCAAAGAUACGGUCGAUCCUGAUGGAACUCCCCGAUCGGCCUUAGAAGUGGCCGGAGCGUACUUCAGAUCUGGGGCUGAUAAAGUAUCUAUCGGUUCUGAAGCUGUCAUAGCUGUCGAACAGUUAUUACAAAGAGAGAGAGAAGGCGUUGAACCGGUCCUAAGUGGGAAGACGGGUAUUGAAACUAUUUCAAGAGGAUAUGGUAAUCAAGCUGUAGUAGUUUCCAUUGACCCAAAAAGGGUAUAUGUCGAUACGACCAAUCCUAAUUGGAAAGAAGAAUUCCCAAAACAUCACUUGGAUUCACUGAUCAUUGGAGAUGAAGCUACGUCUAGGACCGCUUCAGAGGAGAGAGGUAAAGCAUGGUGGUAUCAAUGUACGAUUUCUGGUGGAAGGGAUGUAAGGGAUAUAGAUGUUGUUCAAUUAGCCAAAGGAGUCGAAAGGUUAGGUGCGGGUGAAAUCUUGUUGAAUUCAGUUGAUAGGGAUGGAUCAGGUAAAGGAUUCGAUCUGGAUUUAGUCAACUUGGUUAAAAACGCUGUGUCCAUACCGGUCGUUUCGUCAUCUGGUGCAGGAUCACCAGAUGAUUUCAUAGAGGUCUUCCAAAAGACCGAGACGGAGGCGGCGCUCGCUGCGGGCAUUUUCCACAGGAAGGAAGUGGGGAUUGAUCAGGUGAAAGAGAGGCUGGAAAAGGAGGGAUUACCUGUUAGGAGAUGUGGAUUGGAUACGAUUUAA